AUGUUAUUGAAUGCUUCUAAAUUAGAAGAGAAUCAGAAAUACGCAUAUGAACUCGCUUAUUUAAAUUUUGAUACAAAUGAUCAAUUACUCGAUAAAUUAGCUGAGUUUGAUAAAGAUAAACUAUUAACACAAAACUUAAAUCAAAUCGAUUUUAUUAUUGACAAUGAUUCAGAAUUAAAUAUAAAAGCUUUAGAAACUCUAUUGAAAUGUUUGAAUAAGGAAAAUAUACCAGAUAAAUUAUUAGAUAGUAUUUCUGUUUUACUAACAAAUAUUGAUCCUACGAUGAAUAUCUAUCUAACAGUUCUUGAAGGCUUUUUAAAUAACAUGCGACAAGAAUAUCAAAGAAGUCGAAAAUUUUCUGAUUUAUUAUCUAUUCAGAAAUUAUUUUCAUUAAAAAUUCCAAAGGAUGAGAUUCAAAAUAAUUUAGAACAAGAGUUGGUCAAUAUCUAUGCGUUAAUUUUAACAGAAAAUGCUGAAUAUUCUUCCAAUCAAUCAAUCGUUGAUAGUUUAGAAAAAGCGAUUUUAUCGAAAACACUAAAAAAAAAUAUUCUAAAUGCUUAUAAAAAAGUCAUCAAAAGAACAAGAUGUCAAACAAAUCAUUUUCAUCAUAUAUUCGAUAUUUUCAUAGAUAUUUCAAGUCAAAAUAAUAAAUUGAUGAUAUUUCAUUUCGAUAUACUUGUGUGCAUAGCUUCAGUAUUUCAAGCUAAGAAAAUUUCUAAAUUAGAACCAUUAGAAAAUAAUCUUUUCAAUGAUAAUGAAAUUAUUCGUACAUUUCAACAAUGGUGUGAUCAAGUUAUUGAUAAACUAGAAGAAAAUAUUGAAAUUGAUGUUAAUUUAGAUUUAGAUUUAUUCGAAACUAUCUCAGCAUUAAAAUACAUCGAUUUUGAUAAAAUUCGUGAUAAGCCACAAAAUCAAUGGAAUAGAGAACUUUUAAAAUUUUGA